UAGCCUCUAUUUUAUAAAAUUUGCAUGGGGUGAGGUGACAAGUACCACAAUCAUAAAGUGUUUUAUUGAAGCUAAAUUUUUUGAUAAGUCUAUGGCAUUUGAUUGGGAAUCGGAGGAUGAUAUAGCAUUAACUGACAACGAAGAAGAUGAAUUUGAUCCCAUAUUUGAAGAAUAUGUGUUACACGAUGAUGAUGCUAGCUGCCAUGGAAUUUUAGAUGAUCAGGAUAUUUGUAAUCAGAUAAGAUUAGAGUUGGAAGAAGGUUAUGAAAGCUCCGAGAAUGACGAAGGGAACCAAGAGAUAUCUGAUCAUUUAAUUACAAAAAAUCAGGCUCUUAAUGGUUAUUAUACUUUUCUUGAAUAUGCUCAUGAACAUCUAAGGGAUCAAGAUUCACUAAGAAAGCUAGAGAAUAUAGUGGAAAAAGAAUUAUUUACUCCAGAGUCUAGCCAAACUCUUAUCACAAAAUAUUUUUAUUAAAUCUUAUAUUACUUUAUAAUAAUUGUGAUACAUGUAUAAUAAAAUUAGUUCAAAUAAAAUCUUAUGUUAU